CUGUUCCCCUGAGGAGUCACAGAAUCAACUACUGCCCUUUGUUUGCCCCUGUAGGACAAAGCUAUUCACUGUAAGUUUUGUUGAAUGACAAUUUCCUGUGCUUCUUAUCUUCAGAUUCUUAUCUGUGUACAGACAGUAAGGAGCCUUCUCAGAGAAACAAGAAUCCUGGCAGCAGCUCAGGGGUCAGUGCCUUUUCCAUCUGCCAUCAGCUUCUCUUCAUCUGAGAUCCUUCAGCAGCAGAAGGUUCUGCACCACCUUCAUGGUCUUCAACAUGGAGCUGGUGACCUUUGAAGAUGUGGCUGUAUAUUUCACAAGGAAGGAGUGGGGAUGGCUUGAUCCUGCUCAGAGGAAUCUUUACAGAGAUGUGAUGCUAGAGAACUAUGGGAACUUUGUGUCAAUGGGGCUUCCAUUCUCCAAACCUGAUGUUAUCUCCCAGCUGGAGCAAGGAGAAGAGUCAUGGGUUGAGGAUAUGCAAGAGCCUGAAGGAGAACUUUCUCCAGUUGUUACAGUGGUUUUAAGAACAAAUCUGAGAAUGAAAAUUUUACUCUAAGGGAGGAAAUCCCUAAAACACUUGAACUAUAUGGAAAUAUAAUAGAAAGACCCCCCAACGGACAUAUUCCAAACUGCAGAAUUUGGACUAGCCUU